AUGCCGGACGACGAGGAGCAGGCGGCGGCGGGGGCGGGGGCGCCGUGCGGGGCGUGCAGGACGCUGCGGCGCAGGUGCGUGCCGGGCUGCGUCUUCGCGCCCUACUUCACGGCGGACGACUUCGCAGCCGUGCACGGCGUCUUCGGCGCCAGCAACGUGUCCAAGAUGCUGGGGCGCAUCGAGCUCCCCGAGCAGCGGCGGGUGGCCGCGGCGACGCUCGUCGAGGAGGCCAAGGCGCGGCAGCGGGACCCCACCUUCGGCCGCGUCUCCUACAUCCGCAUCCUCCAGGAGGUGAACGACAAGGCCAGGGAGCAGGUGGACGCGGCGCGGGAGGAGAUCGCCAGGGAGUUCGGCGCCCUGGCCGCGGCCGAGCCGGUCGACGUCGCGGCCGCGGCGCCCGCGGUCAGGGUGGAGGCGCGGGCGCAGGUCGAAGCCGCGCUCAAGCACGCCAGGGAGCAGGACGCCAGGCUGCUCGGCGUCCGGAAGGCCAACGAGGCCAGGUGGAGGGAGCUGCACGAGCCGGGCACGGGGACGGGGAGGAACGCCGGGAACGCGAAGGGGAUCGACGUCAUCAAGCGCCACCGCGAGCCCACCUUGAGCGAGCAGACAAUGCUCAUGCUGCGGGCCGCAAAGCAGCGCAGCUCCAGGCCGCCGGGCUUCCCUGACGAGCGCGAGCGCCAGCAGAUGGCGGUGGCGGAGACCGAGAGGGAGAAGGAGCUAUUGAUGCGGCAGGCCGCGCCCACAAAGCAGCACGGCCACCACCUCGCCGCGCAGCACGGGGAGACAUUGCCGCCGCGCGUCCCGGAGGGGUACGGGCACGGGCAGCUGCACCAGCAGAUGUCGGAGGCGCAGCAGCUGACUGCCGUGGCAGAGGCAUCGCGGGAGGAGGCGAUGAGGUCGGUGCAGGCCCCGGCAACCGCGCCGCCGCAGCACGUCGAUUCUGCGGGACAGCACGCUGGGACAGGGCAACCGCGCCAUGCAGGAGAUGCUGCUGCGGGCAGAACGCCGGGACAGGGCAGCACCUCGGUUCUGCUGGAAGCUAUGAUGCAGCUCGCCGGCGCCACGGGCGAGCAGCAGCACCUUGUGACGCAACACGCCGAGAACGAGCACGCCAUCGGGCACGGCCACCCGGUUGACAUAUCCCAGGAGAUGCUGCAGCUGCAGGAGUUGUUGGACAUGGCAGAGCACGCCAGAAACCAGAAGAUAAUGAAGAAUGACGUGAUGACGGAGAUGGGGCAGUGGGACGCGGCGGCGGGGGUCGCGAGGGAGCAGGACGUGCUGACGAUGACGCAGCAGAUCCCGAAUGCUGCGUGGCAGCACCAAGACCCCGCCCCGCAGUACGCCGGGUUUUGUGACGGGCCCCAGGAGAUGGCGCAGCAGAUGGAGGAAGCCUCCACGGCGGAGCUUGCCAAGACGACGGGCAACAUGUUGCAGCAAUUCGCCUGGGCGCAGCAGUACCACGACCCCGCGGCGGUGCACCACGCGUCGCCGUGGCACCAUCAGAUGGCUGAGGCGCACCAGCCGGCUGCCGCGUCCGCGUCGCAGGUGGCGAGCGAGCAGGACAUGCUGCUGCUGCUCCAGCAGCAUCAGGUCGCGGCGGCGGAGUUGCUGUCCGCCGGAGGCGCUCGUCAGUUCGACAACCUCGCUGCGCAAUACGAUGACACGGAGCUCACCCUGGGGUACGGCCACCCGGACAUGCACCAGCAGGUGGUGGCCGCCGCGGGGCAGGUUGCCGGAGUGCAGGACAUGAACUCGCGGCACGCUGCCGCGGCGGUGCUCGCGGAGCAAGAGAUGAUGCCGCUGGCCGCGGGCGCGCAGCAGCAGCAGGACGCUCAGAUUGGGCUCGACAUCGCCCUUGGAAACGGCCACCCGGACGGCGAAACCCAGGCGAUGCUGCAGGAGUUGGCCGCCAUAGUAGAGCUCGCGGACGAGCGGGCAAUGAUCAGGAAGCAAUGGGAGCAGGAAGUGAGGACGAUGAUGACGCAGCAGGACCCGGACGCUGCGUGGCUCCAGGAGAUGCUGGAGCAGACUGAGAAAGCGUCUACGCCAGACCUUGAUAAGAGGCUGGAGAUCAUGUCGCGGCAAGCCGAGGCUCGGCACGCCCAGAAAGAGUUCGGCAUCACCCUUGGGAACGGCCACCCGGACGGACAUGGAAAGAAGCAGGAAAUGCUCAUGAGGCAGGUCGCCGCAGCGGGGCUCGCCAGAGAGCAGGAAAUGAUCACGCAGCAGCAGCAGCCCGUGGCGCAGUACUCCGGGACAGAGCCCGACAUCUCGCUGGGGCAAGGCCACCCGUACUGGCACCAGCCGACGGUGCAACAGAUGCUGCAGGAGAAGCAGCUGCCGACGGUGCAACAGAUGUUGCAGGAGCAGCAGCUGGCCGACGCGGUUGGAUUCGGCAGGCACCAGCCCGACACGACUUCGGUGCAGCAGGCCGCGGCCUACGCGAACGGUGAGCACGGGGGCGGCGCCGGCGCCACAAUGGCGUUCCUGUCGCCGGGGUCUGCCAAGGACGCGCCAUUCCUCGCCGACCAGCAACCACAGCCAAAUGGGCACCAAAUGGGUUCAUCUCUGUUGCCGCUGCUGCCGGCGUUGGGCCAGCGGCAUGCCCAAGUGUCGUCGAACCAGCAAAGAACGGAUGGCGGUGGCCAGGGCCUGAACUCAGAUUUGGCGGCAUACUUGCACUAUGAAUCCUUGUCCAGGCAUGGAACGGCAGGCUUCAGCAGGGGUAGCGAGGGUGCGGAGAGGAGAUGA